AUGCGAAUUGAUAAAACUGAUACCGAUAAACCAACAUUAUUGCAAAUUCUGAAUUUGGAGUGCCAGGUUGAUGUAGUUACUUGUGAUAUAUACGUUAUCGGGUUAUGUCAUCAAUAUUAUGAAAAAAAAAAAUUCAUUGACUUGAAAACUACUGAAUAUUCGCACGCGAUCGGAAAUUACCAGUACAGUAUACAGUAUGUAUACAGUCGGGAUUUGAAUAAAAACUCUAUUAAAGGCGAUUGGGUUGAGGUCGGGGAGGUUUGCGCAAUGGUACGUGGUACGCACAUUUACGUCAGCUGA